AUGACGGAGGAAGUCAAGAUGCUGGCCCCGGCUGGCUGCGCUCCGGGCAUGAAUAUGAAUGUCAACGCUCUAUCGCAGUCGCUACCGCCCUUGCUCAAGCGAAAACGUUCCGAUUCCUCCGUGACUGAGGCCCCCGCCUCGACCAAGCCUCGCCCUGAACCGUCUGUUGUUGCGCCAACGCUGUCGACACCGACUCCGACCGUCGUACCUGCCUCAAAUCCUGUGACAGCGCCCAUAGCGCCAUCACCACCAUCGGUCACGACAGCGCGCGAGCCGGCGCCGGCGCCGGUCGCGAGUGUGCGCCCCGAUGUGAAUCGCCUGCGCGAGACCAUCACCGCCCAGCUCAGCCUCGAGGUUCUCCUCAAGCACAACGAGCUGCGUCUGAUCGACCAGGAAAUUGCAAAGUGUCAGGUUGCGCUGGAACAGUUGCGACGCUGCGCUGAGAUUCCUUAUCCGGGAUCGGCAGUCUCUGGUGUGUCGGCCGAUGUGAGCGCUGGCACGGGCGCAUCGGUGCUGCUUCCUGGAAAUGGCUCAGCACCGAUUUCGCCUGCGCCCUGGGGUGUCGCGGAAGGUCCCUACUCCCGACACUACGCGCGAUGGCUCCUUCCGGACCCUCGGUUCGACGGUGGCGAGGUCGAGACGGGAUCGCUGGCGGUUCGUGACGGCUUUAUGGUUCCAGAAGGUCGGUCAACGCGUGGGAAUCCAAUGGACUUCAGCUCGCUGGCGGGCAAGACUCGGCCGUCGCGUGGGACUCCCCAAGCGAAGUUUCAGUCAUUGUCUUCGGGGUAUCCUGUUCCUAAGGAGAAGCCUGGACCGAUGCUCAUCCGGCGCAAGUCGGAUCAGGUCUUGGUCAAGUUGGUUUGUCUAGACUGUCGUCGGGAUAAUUUCUCGAGCACCCAGGGUUUCAUCAAUCACUGCCGUAUCGCGCACAACCGCAACUUUGCCAGUCAUGACGCCGCUGCGAUGGCCUCGGGUGAGCCUGUUGAAGUUGAUGAUGCGGGUACUAUCAUUGGAGGUUCUGCUCCUCGCAGCGAGUCGAUGAGCAGUGUUCAGGCAACCGGCCUGGUGCAUUCGCUGAACCGCUCCACUCAACUUCCUACUCCUUCAAAAGAGGCUGUUACCCCUCAGAAGCCUACUCUGGUCAAGUUGCCUACUGCAGUUGCCACCCCGCCCGCUACUGUCCAGCCAAAGCCCGCACCCGAGCCCCGUCGCCAGCUCGAGCCUGUGAAGGCUACGAUGAACCCCUCGUUUCUCGCUUCGCCCGCCACGCCGCAUUUGUCUGCGCUUAUGCGCGAUCGCGGCCUCGGUCUGAACAUGGACAAGCUUGUGGCAGAGGCCAAGACUCCCGUCGACCUGAGUGCAUUUUCCGACGAUGACUCGGAUGCCGACGAAUCAACCAGCCAGGCACCAUCCCAGCAGGGCAUCCCCGUUGCUCGCCAGCCCAUGCGCAUGCCCACCACACAAGCUGCCCUCCAGCGAUCGGAGAGUCGCAAGGGUAUCGACAGAGGUCCUCACCACCUGCCCGACAUGACUCCUUCUCGUCCGCCUUAUCAACAGUCUUUCCUCGACCUUUCCUCGCUUGGUAGUAGGCCUCGUCAUUCGCUGACCGAUGUGUCUCGUGAAAGUGACAGCCUGGAUCACUCGGCUAACCUGAGCCCGAACGCGCUGGAGUCCAACCAGGCUCCCAGCCUCGUUAGCGACGAUGAGGACGACUACGAAGCGGCCUCGGACUCGGACAGCCCAAGCUCUUCCGAGGCUGAUGAGGAAGAGCAAGAGUUCCGGCAUAUCGAAGUCGAGGAUGACGAGCGUGCUGGUGCUCCCUCUGCUACUACUACUGAGCCCAAGCCCGGUCCCUCGUUGACCAACCCUGGCCCCCAAGCUGCACCUACGCUGUCCAACCCGCUGAAGCAAAGCCGAUCCAAGAAGAUGUCCAAGGUGGCGACAUUCGGCGACCGCAGACGCGAUGACCAGCAAAUCAACUUUAUGCACUCUAGCAAGGAGGAUGCUCAACUGAAGCGCCCGAACGGACAGAGGCCACCCCCGUCGAAUCAGUGA